AUGAGUGAAACGAAAAAGGCGUCGUUCCACACGCUGGAGCGCGAGGAGUAUUUUGCUAACCCGCCAGAUGAGCAAAAGUACCCGCUACUCAGAGACGCCGUGGCGCCCCACAUCGGGUCGUUCAACGCGCUGACGGAGGGAGGCAUGGACUCUCUGCUCAACCUGGCGGCCAAGGAGGUUGGCGAGCGGGUGGUGUUUGACGGAGACGACGAGAAUCUGGGCAAUCGGCUGGCGAUCCGGGUUGCCAACGUGCAACUGGGCCGACCCACGGUGUCUGCCAAUGACAAGACCACCAUCAACCGAAAGGUGUUUCCCAGCGAGUGCCGUGAGCGAAUGGCCACCUACCGAGCCCGUAUGGUGCUGACUCUGGGCUACUCGGUCAACGGUGGCCCCGAGAAGUUUGAAAGCAGAGAUGUUGGUAUGAUCCCCAUCAUGAUGGGCUCCAACCGGUGUCAUUUGGAAGGCAUGGGUCCCAAGGAUAUGGUGGCCCACAAGGAGGAGAGCGAGGAGCAAGGAGGAUACUUUGUCAUCAACGGUCUGGAGAAGCUCAUCCGUCUGCUGAUUGUCCAGCGACGAAACCACCCCCUGGCCAUCAUUCGAAAGAGUUUCACCAAGCGUGGAAGCAACUACACCACGUUCGGAGUCCAGAUCCGAUCGGUGCGACCCGACCAGUCGUCCCAAACCAACGUGCUGCAUUACCUGUCCGACGGAGGAAUCACAAUGCGAUUUUCGUGGCGAAAGAACGAGUAUCUGGUGCCCGUCAUGAUGAUUCUCAAGGCUCUGGUGGAAACCAACGACCGAGAAAUCUUUGACGGCAUUGUCGCCUCCGAGGGCUCCAACUCGUUCCUGACCGACCGUCUGGAACUGCUGCUGCGAAACUACAAGUCCUACAAGCUGACCUCCAAGCAGGAGAACCUGGCGUUCCUGGGAGAAAAGUUCCGAAUCGUCAUGGACGCCCCUAAGGACAUGUCCAACGAAGAUGUCGGCCGACUCAUGCUCAAGCGGGUCAUUCUGGUCCACCUGCAGGACAACACUGACAAGUUCCGAAUGCUUCUGUUCAUGAUCCGAAAACUGUACGCCCUGGUCGCGUCUGAGUGCUCCCCCGACAACCCCGAUGCCGUCCAGCAUCAGGAGGUUUUGCUCGGCGGCUUCCUCUACGGCAUGAUCAUCAAGGAGCGAAUGGAGGAGUACCUGAGCAACUUUUGCGCCACGGUGCGAACCGAGUUGCAGAAGAAGAAGCAAUCCUUGCAUUUGGAUGACCCCAAAAUCAUGCAGCGAAUCUGCCCGCGAAUUAACGAGGACAUUGGCCGAAAACUGCAUUACUUCCUGUCCACCGGAAACCUGGUGUCUCACACGGGUCUGGAUCUGCAGCAGACCACCGGUUACACCGUCAUCGUCGAGAAGAUUAACUUCCACCGAUUCAUUGCCCAUUUCCGAAUGAUCCAUAGAGGUUCUUUCUUCGCCGAGCUCAAAACCACUGACGUGCGAAAGCUGCUGCCCGAGUCCUGGGGCUUCCUGUGUCCCGUUCAUACCCCUGAUGGUUCGCCCUGUGGUCUUCUGAACCAUUUGGCACACAAGUGUCUGAUUUCCGUCAAGAAGAGCGACGUGGGAGACAUUGACUCUGUGCUCAACCAGCUCGGAAUCUCUCCCGCAGGAGCCCUGGCCAACACCCCCCAAAAGUCUGUCGUCAUGCUCGACGGAAAGAUUAUCGGAUGGUGUACUCACGAGAUUGCCCAGCAGGCCGCCAACACCAUUCGACAGUGGAAGGUGACCGGAGACGCCCGACUGCCCCAGGAUCUCGAGGUCGGUCUGGUGCCUCCCUCUCGAGGAGGUCAGUAUCCCGGUCUGUAUCUGUUUGCCGAGGCCUCUCGGUUCAUGCGACCCGUCAAGCAUCUGGCAACUGAGAAGGAGGACAUUGUCGGUCCCUUUGAGCAGGUUUACCUCAACGUGGCCGUCACCCCUGACGAGAUCACCAACGUGCAUUCCCAUGUCGAGUACUCGCCCACCAACAUUCUGUCGAUUCUGGCCAACAUGACUCCCUUCUCAGACUUCAACCAGUCGCCCCGAAACAUGUACCAGUGCCAGAUGGGUAAGCAGGCCAUGGGCACUCCCGGUGUCCUGACUCACCGAAGUGAUAACAAGAUGUACCGACUCCAGACCGGGCAAUCGCCCAUUGUGCGAGCCGGCCUGUUUGAUGAGUACGGUUUGGACAACUUCCCCAACGGAAUGAACGCGGUUGUCGCCGUUAUUUCCUACACGGGAUACGAUAUGGACGAUGCCAUGAUUAUCAACAAGUCUGCACACGAGCGAGGAUUUGGCCACGGAACCAUUUACAAGACCGAAAAGGUGGAUCUCACCGAGAAGCAAAAACCCGGCGACCCUACUCUUCUGCACUUUGGUUUUGGCCCCGACAACUGGCCCAGAGAGUGGACUCAGACUCUGGACGUUGAUGGUCUUCCUCUGGUGGGCGCCAAGCUGUCUAACGGUGAUCCCAUUGCCGCCUACUACGACUCCAACUCCAACAAGACCAUGUGCCUCAAGUACAAGUCUGGUGAGACUGGAUUUGUGGAGGAGGUGAAGCUGCUGGGUGAUGACUCCCUCGGUGAGCUUCAGAAGAUCACCGUCAAGCUGCGAAUCCCCCGAUCGCCCGUCAUUGGAGACAAGUUCUCGUCUCGACACGGACAGAAGGGUGUGUGUUCGCAAAAGUGGCCCACCUACGACAUGCCCUUCAGCGAGUCCGGCAUCCAGCCUGACGUUAUCAUCAACCCCCACGCUUUCCCCUCGCGAAUGACCAUUGGUAUGUUUGUCGAGUCUCUGGCGGCAAAGUCCGGAGCUCUGCACGGAAUGGCUCAGGAUGCUACUCCCUGGCAGUUUUCCGAGACCAACACCGCCGCUGAGUACUUUGGAGAGCAGCUGCUCAAGGCCGGCUACAACUACCACGGAAACGAGCCCAUGUACUCUGGAGUCACCGGUCAGGAGUUGAGAUGUGAUAUCUACGUCGGCGUGGUUUUCUACCAGCGACUGCGUCACAUGGUCAACGAUAAGUUCCAGGUGCGAUCCACCGGACCGGUCAACCCGUUGACCAUGCAGCCCGUUAAGGGUCGAAAGCGAUCUGGAGGUAUUCGAGUCGGAGAAAUGGAGCGAGACGCGCUCAUUGGCCACGGAACUUCAUACUUGCUACAGGACCGUCUGCUCAACUGUUCCGAUUACACCCAGACCAGCAUGUGUCGAACAUGUGGCUCUCUCACUGCUACCCAGGAGGCCCAAAGCACCACCGGUCAUCGACGAGGCGUCAAGUGUCGACGAUGUGCCACCCAGCUCGAAAAGGACUCCUUCUCUUGGGACUCGCCUCCUGAGGGCAUGUGGCAGGACGCCAUUGGCAACUGCUUUGUGGGAGGAGAUGAUACCACCACGGUGGCCAUUCCGUUUGUGCUCAAGUACCUCAACUCGGAGCUGUCGGCCAUGGGUAUUAAGAUGAAGUACAACAUUGAUCCUUAG